AUGGAGAACGAGAUGGGAGGGCAAGGACGAAGACUGUCGGUGGAUGUGCGUGAUGGCGUUGAAUAUGAUAUGAACCAUGGGAUCAGAUGGAAGUGGAGGCCAAAGGUCGUUGUGAUGGGGAUUGUGCAGAUGCUGAUGGUUGUAAAUAUGAUAGGUUAUGCUGAAGGUGGGUCUAUUUUACAAUUUUGCUAUUUAUUGACUUCAAAAAUAAUCAUUAUUAGCCAUUUUCUGAAAUUUUUGAAAAAAUUCUUUUACUUUUUUCUUUGUUCAUUCUUGGCCUAAAACGUAGUGUAAAAUGGAUAAAGAAAAAAGUUGGUGGGUAAAAUUUUUGUUUGGCCAUAAUUCACUUAGUUCUUCCAAAAUGAGAAAACAACCAACCACUGGGACAUGUUUCUCGACUCUCGACGCCUUUUGUAUUGUCAUAAUUACCUUUACGGAAGUGCGGUUUUUAUAAUAGCGGGUUAUUCUUGUAAAUAUGUGUCUAAUUUGUGGGAUUUGCGCACCUGGCCGAGAGUAAUGGCCGAUUUUCGACGGGUUCCCACGGUCUUUGAGGUCAGGGUGCCAGAAUUUGAGGUUGAAACAGAAUGCCAAAUUUUAAAAUUUUCGCCACAAAGCCUAAAGUAAUAUCCAGAAUCUUGUAAAACCGAAAACCCUUAGGGUUUGUAAAAUUAAUUUAUGAGUGUGCAGCGCUUUUUUCGAAAAGAAUGGGGACAGAAACAUUAUUGCGCAAUAUUUUUGGGCCUUGCGUGCACAAGUUAGAUAAAGCGCCGGAAGACAAAUGUCCAUUUUUUGAAGAGACCGGGAAUCGUUUUAAUCCCAUUGCGUCUCCCGAAAAAGGACAUAAUGAAAUUCGUGUCUUUUAUGGGCCCAAAUUAAUGGGAUUAUGACACGAGAAAUUUUUGGGGGAAAAUUGGCAAAUAGCCCUCAGGGGAUAGAAAAAUAAAGUGGAAAAUAUCAAAAAUCAAACAGACAAUGAUUUUGAGUAUCUAGGAAAAAUAUGGGAUCAUAAAAAUGUUUACCACAACGAAACCCUGAUCUUUUGGCAUUCUGUUUCAAGCACUGAAAAUGGCAGGGGAAGAUGGAAAAUGUCAGAUAACAUGCAUGAAAAUAUAUGAACCCGCCAGAAUUUCCAAUAAUUUACCUUGUUUUAGCCAGUGCCCGCGCCCACAACAACAAACAAUUUAUCAGCCAGCUGGAUGAAGGCCAAUUCGAGAUUGUUCAUCCAUUCCAAAUGCGCGAGAACAAAGAACGAAUCGGAAUUGAUACUCACAAUUAUUUAUUGAAUGCCAGCGCUCACUUCAAACAUAUUACAAUCGUCAUCAGAUCAACUGUUGUUUUUGGUGGAAAGCAGCGGCUAAAAUUGAGUUUGCAGCUGGAUGAUCAUCUCUUCUACAAUCAAACACAGUUUAGAAAGGUAUGAUGGACUGAUGUUCUUGUCCUUUUUGACUUUUUUGGUUAAUUUGGAAAAUGUAGGGCGCAGCUCGCCGAAUUGAAAAUGUCAUUUUUUGAGUGCGGGAUGUUGAUUUUUGAAUAGCACUUGUCCUAAAAGUCUUUUUAGACUAUUUUUUAUCAUUUUUCAGCUCACCGAAGAUGGCGAUGAAUUUAUGACGUACCGAGUGGAAAACUGUUACUAUCAAGGGACAGUAAACGGCGAUUCGAACACUUUUGUGUCCAUCUCGACAUGCAAUGGACUACGGUAAGUAUUUUAUAAACUCUGUUUUUUCUUUGAAUUUAGACGCUUAUUUCUAUGAUGUAAAUUUUUUUCAGUGGAAUCAUCGCUUAUGACAACGGAACAGCCCUUGGAAUUUGGCCUCUGGAUGGGGGAGAUCGAACACGCAGGCAUCCCCACGUCCUCUACAAAACAAAAUGGACUCGUGACGCGUCUUGUGGAGCAACCACAACUCCCAUUCAGAGCCUUGGAGGUCAAGCGAGACGAUUUGUAAAACGCGAUAUAACAAGGCAGACGAAGCAUAUAGAAUUGGCCAUAAUCGGUGAUUAUCGAUUUGUGAGAGAGUUGAACUUGACUGAGGAUGAAGCUCUAGAGUUUAUGCUCGAAGCCGUCAACAUGGCCGAUGAGGUGGGUUACUGUAACUUAAAAAUUUUGAGCAAUUUUAUAUUGUUUUAGCUAAAAAUCAUGGUUUUAAUCACAUUUAUUAAAUUUUGUAGAUUUUAACCCGCGAUCUGAAUAUCCGCUUGUCCGUUGUGUACAGCGAAGUGUGGUUGGACGCUCAGCGAAUUGACCUCCACGCGGAUAUUGCCAGAACCUUGUCCGGAGCCUUGGAUUACGUGAAUGGACACCUUUAUCCCAUCGAAAAGGACCUCAGUAUUGUUUUUACGGGCGGAUUUUUUGCCAACAAUGAAAUGCUUACGGGCUCUUUCGGUUCAAUUUGCACUGCCAGGGCUGUGGGAGUCGUGAAGGUAAGGGUUUUUGAAAUUUUUGUCGAUUUUUUUUUGAGAUUUUUUUAAAAAUUUUAUCGAAAAUUUUAAUUUUUACAAGGAAAGUACUUCUAUGGGGUGUGGAAUUACCGGUCGAGAUAUAUAUCAAAAAAUUCGCAAAAAUUUUCUGAUUCAGAAUAUAUAUAAAUUAGCUGCCUAAUUUUGGUCUGAUGACAUGUUUUUGUCCUCAGAAGUUUUCUCGCGACACCAUGGAAGUGUCUUUUUGACCGUGUUUUUACCAAUAAAAAAAUUUUGUUUUGUGCUAAAAUAAAUUUUGAGGCCUUGACAAGCCUUAAAAUAUCAAAUUGGAUUACAACUACACCUUAAAAGUAGUUCCAAUGUAAAAAAUGGGUUCUAGUGUGGCAAAAGGAAUCGAACCCGUCCCCUUCGGAUUCCGAAUCUAGCGCUCUAACCACUCGGCCACAUCGCUCUCUUCCGAAGGAAGAGACCGAGCUCGGUUUUGUUGCCGCAGAUUUUUUCCCUCGAGAAAUACAUUUAUUGAUAAAACUCGUUAAUAGACCAAAAUUAGGCAGCCAACUUUUAUAUAUUCUGAAUCAGAAAAUUUUUGCGAAUUUUUUGAUAUAUAUCUUGACCGGUAAUUCCACACCCCAUAGAAGUACUUUCCUUGUUAAAAGAGAGUUUUUUACAAACUGAAGCUUCCCUCCACGGGGCCCGGACAUUGUUGCAACGACCAUCACCAAAUUUCUUGAAACUUGGCCAAUAGAAGGGCCUGAGCAUGUUGAUGAAAAGCGAAGAAGGGUUUCGCGAAAUUUCAACCAGUCCGGGAUUACUGUAACAUUUUGUGUUUUAUAAAGCUGCCGUUGUGGUGGGCCGGGUGAUGGCUCUAUGAGUACAAAACUUUCUGUGUGGCGGUUUUCGACCAUGGCCAACAUUUUCCUUACUAAAACAUUUUUUGUAUCUCUUCAUCUUAUGGUAGUACUGUAACCUUCAACAUACCAUAUCGAUUACCGUUAAAAAUUGGAAGGAGUGUAACCAGUUUUUAAGCUUGAUUAUAAAGGUUGGACACACUCUCCGUAAAAUAAGACAAAAAAAUCCAAAAUAAAAAUAUAAGUUUUUGAGAUAUGCGCGUUCAAAGUUGCUAUGUUCGGGUACUGUAGGACCAAAAUGGAGAUGAUGAAUUCUCAAACGGUACCAUUCGUUGCCACGCCUCACCCAUUAAUAGAGCAGCCUGAGAAAAAUAUUUUCUGAUCAAAAAAUAAAUAUUUGAGGCUUUAUUUCAGGCUUUAUACGAUGGUUACUGUAGUUUCUAACUUUUGUUAAUUUCGCUAACCAUUUUUUCCAGAUAACGUAUUUAGACUAGCUAUCCCAUUGAGAAAUGUGUAUACAACGUAAAAAUAAAAAAAUCAAGGUCGCAGUACCAUCAAUUCCUGAAAUAAAGGGAGAUUACGGUAGCCGUAUCCGUUUUUUUCGCUGUUUAGCCGCGGCAUUCUUUGGAGCUGCAAGUGUAACCAGAUUUGAGACUGGAAAUUCACUCAGAAUGGAUAGAUGAGUAUUUGAGCAAAAAAUAGCGAAAAUAAAAAUAUAAGUUUUUGAGAAAAUCCCGGAUUACGGUCAUUUUAGGGGGUUUUUGGGCCGUUUGGCCGCGGCAUUCUUUGGAGCUGCUAGUGUAACCAGAUUUGAGACUGGAAAUUCACUCAGAAUGGAUAGUUGAGUAUUUGAGCAAAAAAUAGCGAAAAUAAAAACAUAAGUUUUUGAGAAAAUCCGAAAUUACGGUCAUUUUAGGGGAUUUCCUGGCCGAAAUUACCGUAAUCCGGGAUUUUCUCAAAAACUUAUAUUUUUAUUUUCGCUAUUUUUUUCUAAAAUACUCCCCUGUAUAUUCUGAACAAAUUUCCAGUCUCAAAUCUGGUUACACUUGCAGCUCCAAAGAAUGCCGCGGCCAAACGGCCCAAAAACCCCCUAAAAUGACCGUAAUCCGGGAUUUUCUCAAAAACUUAUAUUUUUAUUUUCGCUAUUUUUUGCUCAAAUACUCAUCUAUCCAUUCUGAGUGAAUUUCCAGUCUCAAAUCUGGUUACACUAGCAGCUCCAAAGAAUGCCGCGGCCAAACGGCCCAAAAACCCCCUAAAAUGACCGUAAUCCGGGAUUUUCUCAAAAACUUAUAUUUUUAUUUUCGCUAUUUUUUGCUAAAAUACUCCUCUAUCCAUUCUGGGUGUAUUUCCAUUUCCAAAUCUGGUUACACUUGCAGCUCCAAAGAAUGCCGCGGCCAAACGGCCCAAAAACCCCUUAAAAUGACCGUAAUCCCGGAUUUUCUCAAAAACUUAUAUUUUUAUUUUCGCUAUUUUUUGCUCAAAUACUCACCUAUCCAUUCUGAGUGAAUUUCCAGUCUCAAAUCUGGUUACACUUGCAGCUCCAAAGAAUGCCGCGGCCAAACAGCGAAAAAAACGGAUACGGCUACCGUAAUCUCCCUUUAUUUCAGGAAUUGAUGGUACUGCGACCUUGAUUUUUUUAUUUUUACGUUGUAUACACAUUUCUCAAUGGGAUAGCUAGUCUAAAUACGUUAUCUGGAAAAAAUGGUUAGCGAAAUUAACAAAAGUUAGAAACUACAGUAACCAUCGUAUAAAGCCUGAAAUAAACCCUCAAAUAUUUAUUUUUUGAUCAGAAAAUAUUUUUCUCAGGCUGCUCUAUUAAUGGGUGAGGCGUGGCAACGAAUGGUACCGUUUGAGAAUUCAUCAUCUCCAUUUUGGUCCUACAGUACCCGAACAUAGCAACUUUGAACGCGCAUAUCUCAAAAACUUAUAUUUUUAUUUUGGAUUUUUUUGUCUUAUUUUACGGAGAGUGUGUCCAACCUUUAUAAUCAAGCUUAAAAACUGGUUACACUCCUUCCAAUUUUUAACGGUAAUCGAUAUGGUAUGUUGAAGGUUACAGUACUACCAUAAGAUGAAGAGAUACAAAAAAUGUUUCAGUAAGGAAAAUGUUGGCCAUGGUCGAAAACCGCCACACAGAAAGUUUUGUACUCAUAGAGCCAUCACCCGGCCCACCACAACGGCCGCUUUAUAAAACACAAAAUGUUACAGUAAUCCUGGAAUAAUGCAAAUUUCGCAAAAACCUUAGACGCUUUUCAUGUAUGCCCUGUGGGUGUUCUAUGAGCCAAAUUUGAAGAAAUUCGGUGAUGGUCACCGCAACAAUGUCCGGGCCAUGCUUCACUUUGUAAAAAAGUCCGUUUUAAAAUAUCUCCUGUCAAGAUGCUAAAUAUUCUUAAUUUACAGGCAAUUGAUGACUAUUCCGUCGACAAAUCAGCCCAAUUCAUUGCUCAUGUUGUUGCCCAUAUACUCGGUGUAGAUCAUGAUAGCCGAGACUGCGUAUGCAAUAACAAUUUACCAUGCAUCAUGAACAGUCAAGUUGGAGCGAUCGAGUCGACGUUUUCAUGGCAAUUUUCGAAGUGCUCCAUUGCGCAGAUGAACAAUUUGUUACAGGUGGGCAUGAAUAUUAUAAUUAAAAAAAGGACUCGAAAACGACUUUUUGAGUGAAGAAUGUUAGAAAAAGGGCAGAAAGUGUGUACUUGAUCAAUUUAGGACUAAUUGGAGGCAUUUUGAUGCCUUGAAACAGAAUGCCAAAAAUCAGGGUUUCGUUUUGGAACUCGAAAUUUUAAUUGACUUUGCACUGCAAGACGCUUCUAGAGAAGUCUAGAGAGCUUUUAGAGAGUAAUGUCUCACUUGCAGGCCUCUCCAAACAUUCAAUGCCUUCUGAAUCGUCCCUUCCAAACAUCUUCCCUUCAUCAAUGUGGUAAUGGCCGAGUUGAUGCUGGUGAGGAAUGUGAUUGUGGCCGAAGAGAUGAAUGCACUGAUCCAUGUUGCGAUCCGAUCACUUGUACCCUCAGAGCUCAUGCAAAAUGCGCCGCUCAUCAGCCGUGUUGCGAUCGGUAGGUUGAGAUUUCUGAAUGUUGCGAAAUGUCACAAAUUUUGACAUUUCGCAAGAUGGUCUUAAUGGAGUCAAGGAUACUUGUUUUAUGCUGUGAAAUUUUAAGACAGCCGAAAACACGCCUUUUCUAGUUUAUCAUGGCUUGUAAGAGCGAUGUUGCGGAAUGUCACAAAAUUUUUGACGCUUCGCAACAUCGUCUAAAUUUGUCGAAAAUAACCAAAAAUUUCCUUCAGAUGUGAGCUCCGCAGGCCAGGCCAUGUUUGUCGCCAAUCCCGCUCCGUCUGCGAUGUCGCCGAAGUCUGCGACGGCGAGUCGGGCGAUUGCCCAGUGGACGGAUACUUGGUGGAUGGAAUCGGCUGCGGCCACAAUGGCCAAUGUUGGAAAGGAAAUUGUUCGGAUCCGGACGCCCAAUGCCAAAACCUUUGGGGACGAGAUGCUACAGCGGCCGAGGAUUCGUGCUACGCGAAUAAUGAAAAGGGCGCGGAAUACGGGAAUUGUGGAAGAGAUCGGAACAAUCAAUUCAUUGCAUGCCAACCGGAGAAUCGCAAGUGUGGAUUGCUGCAAUGCAAGAAUGGAAGAACCUCGCCUGUCUCCGCGAAUCUGACGUCAUUCAAUUUUCAGUUUUUGAAGGAUGGAAGGCAAAUGCAGUGCAAGUAAGGAUCGGGAUUUUUUUUAAAGCUUUGUUUUGAAAGUAUUAUUGAUUUGUGAUAUUUUGAAAGAGGACAAUAAGCGUAUUUUACCACUUAUUUAUUAUUAUUAUUAUUAUUAUUAUUUAUUUUUUUUUUUUUUUUUGAAAAUAACUGCCAAGGCAAAACAGUUAAAAUAUCUAGUAAAAGCUCCAAAAAUGGUAGAGAAGCUUCUUAUCGAAACGUAUUUUACAAUUCCAGAUCCAUAACCAACAUUGGAGUUGGCCUUGUGGACGACGGAACCGCCUGCGGCAAUGGUCGAGUUUGUGUGGAAGGAACCUGCCUUCCCCUGGCACAAGUCUCACCCCCAGUCCACUGUCCAAGCAACAAUUUGGCUCUGCAAUGCUCGGGCCAUGGAGAUUGCACAACCACUCAAAACUGCAUCUGUUAUGAUGGAUGGGCGGGCUCGGCGUGUGAUCAGAAAUCGAAUAAUACGAGAAAAAUCAUAUUCGGAGAGACGAAAUACGGUAGAAGAGAGAAUGAAGGCUUCAAUUGGAUCGUGCCAGCGAUUAAAGGUGAGAGUUGGAGGCUUUUGGAGGAAUAUCUAAAGAUGUUGCGAAGUGUCAAAAAUUUGUGACAUUUCGCAACUUUAUCGAAAAAUUGCAAUUUGAUGAUUUUAUCGUUCCAGUGACCAAGCCAUGGGAAGAAACAGUGAUUUUGGUUGGAAUCUUGGCCGUCUUUGGCUUGUUCUUGUUCAUGUUACUCAUCUGCCUACUGUUUUGUUAUCGGUAAGUUUUUAUAAAAUUUUUGAAAUAUUUUCACAAAAUUUUUGCUUGAAGAAAAAGUAAAUUCUCCAUUUCAGUCGUCGCUCCAAAGACCCGUUCCAUCGACCGGUCGUUUCCUCCAAAAUCGACGAAUCUUUCCAAGACGACGGAAAUCGAGUCAUCAAAUUCGGCCAAACCCCCUCAUGGAGCAAGGAAAAGCGCUCGAGGAAGAAACAAAAACACAUCUACGGCCAACUUCAUCGCAUCAACGAAGCGAAUGAGGAAAAGGACAACAUGUCGCUGCGGUCUCGCGAGUCCCAGGCCCUUUCGAAUGGCCCUCCGUUGUCUUCGAACCGAUCCCUAAACGGCUCAUCAAUUAAUGCGCUGCUGAUUAAUGAGCCGUUCCAUCAGAUCCAAAGGCAUAUGGAAAUGGACCCAAUGGAAGCUCCAAUAUAUGCGGAGAAAAUCUACGCCGACGGAAUUGGAUCAGCCAUUGAUCGGGCCACAUCUUCACCAUUGUUGGGCUCGGAAUAUGGAAGAAGACAUUUUAAUGAUGGAUUGUUGAUGACUAGAGAUGGAUAUGGAUCAGGUAUGCGUUGAAAAGGAAUGAAUAUUGGGUUAGAGGGGUUUUGGGAAAUUAAUAUUAGAUUUGUAGGUCUCAGCACGAAAACUUGAGAUUUCUUGGCAUUGUGUUUUAUGGCAUCUAGGGUGUCGGGAAUAAAGAGUAAUGGAAUUUAUUGAUGAUUUUUUACUGUUUAGUUUUGUUUUGACAGUUUUUUGGGAGUUAUGCGAGCUAAUAUUGCGUCUCACCACGAAAACCUGAAAUUUCUUGGCAUUGUGAUUUUAUUGUCUAAAUGGAUAAUAGAUGAUGUCUAGAUCGAUUUUAUUCAAAUAUGACCCAAUAUUUUUUAGGUCUCCGCUCCCCAGCCUCGAAUUAUGAACCGGAUUUGCUCAAUUCGGGCCCUGUUCCAUUAUACGCGUCCUCAAAUUAUAACCGACAUCGGGUCCCCCCACCAGGCAGAAAUGGAAGCCCCUGUGGAUCGGCCUCAUCACAGAAUGGCUCAACAUGCAGAUAUACGGGAGGUCUGGGAAACGGGCAUUUGAAAUUGUCAUCAAUCCAAGCCAUCAUGAGAAAAGUGGAGACCGAAAAUAGUGGAGGAAGUGGAAGUGAUCGGGAGUUGAACGAUGAAAGUAAGUGAAUAAAGGGCGAGGAGUAUUUUGGUUAUUUUUGAAGGUUUGAUUUUUGAUUUUUUGACGGAAAUUUGAGCAAAUUGGGAGUUUUGGAGUUUUAGAAAUUUUCAGUUUGAAAUAGAUUGCCUGAGGGAAUUAUUGAGUAAAUAUGGAAGUGAAAGGACCCUAGGUAUUAUUGAGAUUGAUUUUUACCGGGGAAAAAAUGAAAUUUUUUCGGGGAUUUAUUGAUUUUGAUAUUUUUUCGAAAUUCGACUUGAAAAAUUAAACUAAAUGUUGAGAUUUCUAUCUUCUGUCGUAUUUUACAACAUUUCCUUUUCAGUCUUCUCCCACAACCACCCCUCAAACGACCAAACCCAGCUCCCCGAACCACCUCCAGCCUCGGCGGACUCGGGAAAUCCCGGCUCAAUCCGAGAUUCCCCUUCCCUGUUCUCGGAUACCUUCAAAUUGGAUGUCCAUAGUUAA